AUGAAACACCAACAGAUUACCCUUCAAAGAAACAGUAGCUGUAGCAGAAGCACAAGAAAGAUAAUCCCAUCAAAUUACAUGAGAUCAAUCCCUGAACAAGAAGUUCAUGAUUCUCCAGUCUCCUUACAACGCCUUAAUAAUACCAAAAGCUAUUCAAGAUUCACUUGUUUCUUUCGUUCAAUUUUCAAGAUUCUUUCUUUCCCCAAUAUAAUCAUCCCCGCUACCUCUAAAUGGCUAUCAAUCCCAUCUCAGUACCUCUCCAUAACCCCUUCUCUCGGCAGGAAAGUCACCGGAACCCUCUUCGGGAAUCGCCAUGGCCAUGUCAGCUUCGCAGUCCAGGAUAAUCCUGGUUCGGAACCGGUCUUAUUACUCGAGCUUUCGAUCUCUACGGCAAUGUUAGUUAAGGAAAUGUCGUCAGGUUUGGUCAGGAUCGCCCUGGAAUGCGAUAGGGUUCGUACUCCUCAGGUUCAGACAGGCCGGCCGGGGAAGCUGUUUAAUGAACCAACAUGGACCAUGUAUUGUAAUGGAAAGAAGUGUGGGUACGCCGUGUCGCGGAGGUGCACAUAUUCUGAUUGGCACGUGCUUGGAACUGUGCAGAGUGUUUCCGUUGGUGCUGGAGUAAUUCCGGUGGUGGAGGAUGGGCGGAAGAGCGGUGGUGGGGAAGGUGAGUUGUUGUAUAUGAGGGCUAAGUUUGAGCGAGUUGUAGGAAGUCGUGACUCAGAGGCGUUUUAUAUGAUGAAUCCUGAAGGGAAUGGAGGGCCUGAACUCAGUAUUUUUUUACUUAGAAUAUGA